GAGGUGUGAAGCUUUCAUACGGACUUUUUUCGGAACAGGUUCUGUAGUAAAAGGCAAACAUGCGUACCGUUUGUUCGUUUUGCAGUGUCUCUGCUGGAAUAAGAAGGCGAUGAGACCGAUAAGGGAGUAAACGACAUGUCUUGCCAAAGCCUACAAUGGAUAUUCAUAUGCUACAAUAUAGGUGAAAGAGUGAAUCAAUGAGGUGGAAUAGUGCUUCUUCACCGCACGGGGAGACAAGUCACCUUGCAGCACUCAUUCGAGGGAGGAGAAAGAGAAACUUCUGAUUGUUUGUUGCUAGCAGGAAGACAGCAAGGUCCCUACGUAUGAUUUACCAUGGACAAAGUGCUCCUCAGCCUCCUAGUUCUGGGAACAGUGGUAAUGAUGGUCCAUGCAUGCCCGAAGUAUUGUGUCUGCCAAAACCUGUCUGAAUCUCUGGGCACCCUGUGCCCCUCCAAAGGCCUGCUCUUUGUCCCUCUGGACAUUGACAGACGUACCGUGGAGCUCCGUUUGGGUGGCAACUUCAUCCUGAAGAUCACUCCACAGGACUUUGCCAACAUGACGGGUCUGGUGGACCUAACCUUGUCCCGGAACACCAUCAGUGCCAUCCAGCCUUUCUCCUUCAUCGACUUGGAGACCCUCCGGUCUUUGCACAUGGACAGCAACCGUUUGACUGAACUUGGACCAGAUGACCUGCGUGGGCUCGUCAACCUUCAGCACCUCAUUCUCAACAACAACCAGCUCAGUCACAUCUCCAAGUCGGCCUUUGAGGACUUGAUGCUGACGCUCGAAGACCUGGACUUGUCCUACAAUAACCUGCGAGGUUUGCCUUGGGAGGCGAUCCGCAAGAUGGUCAACCUCCAUCAGAUGAGUUUGGAUCACAACCUCAUCUCUUACAUCGCAGAAGGGACUUUCACCGAUCUGGAUAAAUUAGCCCGCUUGGAUCUCACGUCCAACAGGCUUCAGAAGCUCCCGCCUGACCCCAUCUUUGCCCGUUCCCAGAACAACAUUGUGCUCAGCACUCCGUACGCCCCCCAGCUCUCUCUAAGCUUCGGUGGAAAUCCUUUACACUGCAAUUGUGAGGUGCUCUGGCUCCGAAGGCUAGACCGAGAGGAUGACAUGGAGACUUGUGCUUCCCCGCCGAGCCUCAAGGGCCGCUACUUCUGGUACGUCCGAGAGGAAGAGUUCCUCUGUGAGCCGCCACUGAUCACGCAACACACCCACAAGCUGUUGGUCCUGGAAGGCCAAACGGCUAGCCUGCGAUGCAAGGCGGUGGGUGACCCGAUGCCCAUCAUUCACUGGGUGGCUCCCGAUGACCGCUUGAUUAGCAAUUCGUCACGUGCGACAGUUUAUGAGAAUGGUACUCUGGAUAUUACCAUCACCACAUCGAAAGAUUAUGGCACCUUCACUUGUAUCGCAGCCAAUGCCGCUGGGGAAUCCACGGCCUCCAUUGAACUCUCGAUUAUUCAACUUCCCCACCUCAGUAAUGGCACGAACCGCACUGCACAGCCCAAGUCUCGGCUCUCUGACAUCACAAGCUCUACCAAGAUCAGUAAGGGGGAGCCUAAGCCUCAGCCAGAGAAGGUGGUUUCCGUAUCAGAGGUAACCUCUGUCUCUGCUCUGAUCAAGUGGACUGUUAGCAAAGCAGCACCCAAGGUGAAAAUGUACCAGCUUCAGUACAACUGCUCUGAGGAUGAAGUGCUGAUUUACAGAAUGAUCCCAAUGGCCAGCAAAGCUUUCUUAGUCAGCAACCUUGUUCCAGGGAUGCAGUACGACUUAUGCGUCUUGGCAAUCUGGGAUGACACUGCCACCACCCUUACUGCCACCAACAUUGUAGGCUGUGUACAGUUCAUCACCCGCGAUGACUAUCCACAGUGCCAGUCGAUCCACAGCCAGUUCCUGGGUGGCACAAUGAUCCUGGUGAUCGGAGGCAUCAUUGUAGCAACCCUGCUGGUCUUCAUCAUCAUUCUCAUGGUCAGGUAUAAGGUUACCAGUGGCAUCCAGUCCAGUAAGCUCCCCACUGUUAGCAACACAUACUCACAAACCAAUGGUGGUUUGAACAGGCUCAAUGGUGCACCGCCCCAAGUCAAACCCACCGUGGUCGUGAUGAGGAAUGAGGUGGUGGAGUUUAAGUGCGGCUCGCUUCAAAGCAGCCUCUCCUCUUCCUCGUCCUCCUCCGACUCGAUGGGCGGCCAUGGCUCCCAGGGCGAUGGCGAUCGCUACAGUCUACGAGGUGGCGAGAGCAAUACGCUCCCCAGCAGGAAGUGGAGACGGCACAUUGGGGGGAAAGGCAUUAAAACCAGGCCCGACUUGGACCAUUUACUGGGGGCUUUCACUGCUUUGGAACUGCAAGGGCCGACGAGGGACCACCAGGGGACCUUGUGCUCCUCCACCACCUCCACUGCGAUAGUGGCAGUGGCCAUUGCACCGCAGUCCGAUAAGGAACCCUUGCUGGGAAGGGCAGAGUCCACCACUAUGCUCGGCCGUCUCCUGGGCCUCCCCCAGGAGGGGAAGCAGCCCAAGAGGAGCCGCUCGUUCGACGUUGGCCACGUCAGCGCCACGCAGUGCCUCAGCUACCCGCGCAGGAUCAGCAGCAUCUGGACUAAGAGGAGCCUCUCGGUCAACGGGAUGCUCCUGCAGUAUGACGACAGCGAGGACGGGGAGGGCCAGAAGCCCGCGUUCGAGAGCUCGGAGUGGGUCAUGGAGAGCACGGUUUGAGGAAGGCUGUUUCACAUACCAGGUCGGAAAGGGCGGGAGCUUAUAUUGGCAAAUAGACCUGAGGAAUCUGGCCAUGACUGGGAAGGAUACCUCUGCGGGCAUCCACACUGCAGUGCUGCAUGAACGUCAUCCAUGUGAAUACUAUUGUCCUUCUGUCCAUGUGAUUCUACAGAGAGAGAAAAAAGACGCACUCAGGUUGAUGGUUGGUAAGAUGUGAUCAACAAUGCCAGGGUUGGCCAAGAGCUCAAAGCAGGUUGAUGUAUUUGAAACAUUAAGGUAUAAUAAACCCAAAACCCUAUGAACUUUGCAGAGGCAGCCUGUAUGGACUAUCACCCAAAUCUACAGGGAAAGUGGGAGUAUCUCAGAGAAACUGGAAAAUAAAGGCAAGCAAUUCAAAGUGGAUUUACCCUGUCUUCAUAUAUAGGAUUCUAUGCCAAGAGGAUUUACCCUGACUGUGGCACAGUGGAUGUGCAUCACAAUGCAUUUGGACUCUCUGCAUGAAAUGGGACUACUGCUGCAGUAGCAUGGAAUGAGAGAGCAGAUUUAUAAAGUAAUUAGUUGUCAUUUUUUUAUUUUUCAUCUGGCUUUUGUAUGAUUUUUACUAUUUAUUGUUAGGGUAUUGCAUCAACACUGCUGGUUUCACUUAUAGAGACAGAGCUAUUGACUAUGUUCUUGUUUUUGAUGAUGAUAACAAAAAAAAGUGUUUACUCCAGUCCUCUCCUAGAGAUUAUAACUGACACAAUUCAUAUUGUCAUUAGUACAUUCUAAUAACCCAUUUUCAGUACAGUUCUAAUUGAUUACCAGGUACAUUUAUUGUAACAAUGACGCUCUUAGAGUCCAUACCUUCAAGACAGUCCGCUUUCUCUACCUCAGGUUAUAAAUUAUAUAUGAGGUCACACAUAUAAAAUCAAAUUAGGAUAUACCACCUCCAUAAAUACUCAUGAUUGUUUUAGAAAGCAUCCAGUAUCAAUAUCCAUAUGAAGCACAUCCUAUAGCCAAUCCCUCAUAGUAAGAAUCCAACUUUCGGAAACAUGGUAUUCUCUUGAUUUUUGUCCUCUCAAUGAAUAUUUUGAAAUCAUCUGGCUAGGAUUGCUCACUCUGUGUGACACACCUAAGGGAUCAGAUAAGGUACAAAAGCACUUGAAGACUUGUUCUUUUAUGAGUGUUUGCUUGAAUCUCGAGAACGAGUUGGGCAAGGUUUACAAACUUAAAGACUAUUCCUUGGUAUUUUUGCAAAUAGCACCCUCAAUGAAGCUUCAUGAAAGGACACAUUUACAAAUUCCAACCAGGUAUGAUAAAAACCUUCAACAAUCCACUACUGUAUUUUUGGUUUGUAUUUGUGCCUACAGUAGUUUACAAUAUUUUCAGAUUUGGAGAGAAGGACAUUUCUCAUGAAACAAAACAUGUGCCCAUUGAAAGUACACUUAGGAAGGAAGUAACAAUACAUCGUUGUGUACACAGAACCAUGUUGGUUUGUUCAGUCAUUAUCAUUUCAUUUCGAAACAUAUUUUUCUAUUUCAUCCUCACUGUUCAGGAGUAAACCUAAUGGGAGUAAAACUUACUGAGGGACAGGAAAAAAAGUUUUGGAUUGAUAAUAAAAUGUGGAAUGAACUACGUAUUAUGAUAUGGGUUUGAAUCCAAAUUACUGCCUCUGGUAAACUGAACCCAACUAUGCGCCCUCUCACAUUGACUUCACAUUCUGAUGCCUUUGUCAGUGUUAUGUUUUAGCUUUUGUUAUUUCUCUUGAUGUACUGUUCCGUAUAUUGAUUUUUUUUGUACAAUAACUGGGUGAAAAUGUAAAGGGGGGAAUCUGUUCAGUAGUACUUUUAUUUUCUUGCAAAAGUCAGAAGGUGCUUAACUGUGGUGUAACAACAUGGCUGGACUUAGUUGUCACAAUGGGAGGGGACAAGGCAUAUUGUUGAAGAUAGAAAGAGGGUUAGAAGACCAGUUUUAGACAUGUACAAGUUAGGUGCCUAUAAUGCGUGUAUUUAGUUUUAAAUGCAAUACCAUCUAAAGUCCCCUCCCAUUUUGAUAAUGAAGAACAAGUCAUAUAAGGCUGUACUUGACUUGAUAUGGUCAUGAUUCACAUCCAAGGUUGUAGAAAAAAAAUGAGGGAAAUAAUAUUUCUGUGUGAAAACAUUUUUCAACAAAAGAAGAUAAAAUAUCAAAGAAUUCCUAUGAAGACAAUGGUGUUUUUUGUGUUUGGACAUUUCAAGAGUUUAUACAACAACAAAAACGUUCCCUCAGUUUCACGACACAACAUUUAAAUUGUAAAUGUAAGAAUAACUGCUUUAUUGUUAAGUCAUGUCAAUUUCAAUUACAUGAAAAAAAAACACAAGGAAGAUGAUUUUGUGGAAUAGCCACAAUAUCUAUUACUGUGGUAUGUGUAUAUUUCACAUGGUAUAUUACUAUUAUAAAACACUUUUUAAAUACAUAAAAUAAAAUAAUUUGGUCCCUAUAAAAAUGCUGUCUGUGGCAUGUGAAGUCACCAAAAAUACAUAACUAAAUAUGUUUUUCCCUAACAUUAUUUGUUUUGGACAGCUUUUUUUCUGAAUUUGCACUACCCACUUCCUCAAUGAUUUGACAGCCUAGUAUUAGUGUAAAGGCAAAUGCUUUUGAAUGUAUGGGCACAGGAGACUUGAGAGAGAGAUACAUGCUAAUCGGUGCCUCACAGCAGGCAUGCUGACCCAACGUGGGAGCCGGUUCUUUUCCCAUCAUGCCCUGCUGUGUUUACCCUGGGUUAUUAGCUGCAGGGAUUUCUCCUGUUGUCCAGCGGCUGCAACGGAGUCAAGGUCUAUUCACCUCAGCACCACCUUGACAUCACUGUCCUUAUUUGAAAUCAAGGGGACAUGCAGCUCCUGGGCAGAGCCUAGAAUAAGACUUUAAUUCAUAUAAUCUCUCAAGGAAGGUGCUUACGGCAGCAUGUUGUAAAUAUAAUCUCUGGAAAGAAAGGGGAAAGAGCAUCAAUACAUAAGACAGGGCCUGUGCUCCUGUUCCUAACCCAAAGGGAUAUGAUCCUAUCUGGUUUGGACAUUGACCAGACCAUAAUAGUAUAAUGGGUCUGAAUGAUAUGGCAUCUGGGAUAUCCUUGGAAGCAAACACUACAUUCAUACUGGGCAUCUGGUGCCUUGCAUUCUGUACCUCUUUACCUGAAAAGGAAUAUGUGUGUGGCAUACUGUACGUGUUGGAUAAACUUGCAGUUUGUGGAUUUGUAGCAUGCA